GGUUUGACAGCGAGCGGCGGCGCCGGUUACCUCGGGGACGGGUCGCGGCUCGCGCUGAUGUGGCGGCGGCGGCCGGACGGUUAUGGAGGGGGGGAUAGAGACCGAGUCGCUGCUGUACCUGGCGGCCAGUGUGCACCACGGUUGGCUCCGUGUCUUCGAUGUACGAGGCCCACCCACUCACAGAAUAUCUUGUGGAAAGUCUCAUUACGAACGUGCGAUAUGGAACCCCAAAUUUUGUGUUGUCACAGAGAGUCAACUGCUGCUGUUGGACAAGGAACAGAUUCAUCCAUUUCUACUGCAAGAGAGACGGGCAGAAUCCUGUAGGGCAAGGCUACUACGGCGAACUGUCAGUGUUCCCUCUGAAAGCCAGUUUCCAGAGUUUCUGCCAGAUGAUCUCUCCGUGGAGCAUGAUUCUCCAAUCGAGAGAAGUGGGCGCAGACGCAGCAUGCCUGGGAGCACACCGGAUGAACACACUGCAAUGGAAACGCCCAUUUCCACACCUUUCCGCGUGACGGGAUUCCUGAGCCGCCGCCUGAAGGGGUCCAUCAAGCGGACAAAGAGUCAACCGAAGCUCGACAGGAACAGCAGCUUCAGACACAUCUUACCUGGAUUUAGGAGCGCGGAGAAUGACAGUGUGUUCUGA